AGCGUAAGUUUUUUCACAUUUCGCUAUCCGGCAACACUUCCAAAGGCAUUGGAUUUUUUGGUCGCUUAAGAAUUUCCAUAAAACAAGAAUAUGGCUGAUGACACUAACGAAGACAGCUGGCUCUAUGGUACCUCAAAUCCGGACUCGACGACCGGCGAGCUUGGCAAUGGCGAGGACGCACUGACUGCGGAGCAUGAGGCUGCGGCAGAGGCUCAGGCACUGGCCGCUGUGGUAGCCGGUGAGAAGACCGGCUCCUCGACCGGAGUCGAGUCCGACACAGGCUCGCCGCGCUUUCCUAAGGAGGAGGUGGCUGAGUACUCCGAGUUUGACGAUCCGGCGGAAGAAAUGGAGGAGGAUGAGGAGGCCUUACCCGAUACCACGGACAGCAGGAGCAGGAGGGAGCGCGAUAGAGAUAGGGAUCGGGAUGGUGGACGAUUUGCGGAUCGGGCCAGUGCCAGAUCCUCUGCAGAUCCAGAGGACGACGAAAUGGCAGAUGGCCCAAGCUCCAGAAGGGAGAGAAACGGCUCUGGGUCUGAUGAAGACGAUGACGAUGACUCUGACGACGAUAUCAACGUGGUCAUCGGAGACAUUAAGCAAGCCCCCAGCACAUACAAUAUUAAGCAGCGAGCCAAUCUCUUGGCCGGAGGUACUGGAGUUGCCGGAGAAAAGGUCAAGCCAGCUGGCCAAGCAGGCAAGUUCAGCAUCGAAGACUUUGAGGGCGCCGGGACUAUAAACGGGGUGGCCGUGCACGAGUUCAGUAUCGAUUCGUUGGAGGAGAAGCCGUGGCGCAAGCCGGGAGCAGAUAUUACGGAUUAUUUUAACUACGGAUUCAACGAGGAAACGUGGAGAGCCUAUUGCGAGCGACAGAAACGCUUUCGUGUGGCGGAGAGCGGCGUGGGCCUGGCUAGUCUUACGCAGAACGUAAACCAGAAUGCUCCCAUUGGAAUUCUCACAGACAGUGGCAUGGGUCUGGGUCCACCCGGAAUGCACACCAUCCAGUCCAUGGUAGGAAUGGGUGGGGAGGCUGGUAUGCAGAUGCCACCGCUAGGAAUGCCGCCGCCAAUGAUGCAGCAUCAGUCGCGAUCCGGAAUGGGGCUAAUGCAACGUCCCCCAAGGCCCAUCUCAACAACGGGAGGGGAAAGAGGCGGUGACCGGGAGAGAGGCGUUAAGGAGAACGCGAUACAGGUGAUGACCGCCGAGUGCCGUGAGUACUCACGUGGGGGCUUGGGACCCAUGGCGCCGAAUUUCCCGUUACCAGGUGCUUCUGAGGAACCCUUCUUCCACGAGCCAGAACCCUUCGACUAUGGCUAUGAGCCCACCCAGGAGUCGCAGUGGGGCAGCGACAAUGCUGGAUGGGUUCCGAGCGGGAUCAAGGAACUGACUCCGGGUCACGCCCACAUGCAACAACCGCCACCUGGAAUGCCACCUCCUGGGAUGAGCGUGCCGCCGCCACAGAUGGGCGGUCCGCCACCCAAUUUACGCGGCAUGAUGCCGCCAAACAUGCGCAUGCCACCAAAUAUGAACAUGGGGCCGCCACCUGUAAUGAUGAUGGGGGGUAAUGGACCACCACAGAUGCGAAUGGGCAUGGCACCGCCACAGCGAAUGGGCGUGAGCGAUCGCGGCGGCUACGAGGAUGAUCGUGACCGAAGACGGCGCGAGAAGGACAAACUCUUAAAAAAAGAUCAGUUGCGAAAAGACUUCAUAGACAUGUUGCGGGAGCGGCAUGACAUCGAGAGGCACACUAGGUGGUACGACAUCAAGAAAAAGUUCGAAGCGGAUGCUAGGUACCGUGCCCUUGACUCGUCUUACCGCGAGGAGUACUUUGAGGACUAUCUGCACCUGCUAAAGGAGGAGAAGCGCAAAGAGCGCGACCUGAAGGAACGCGAGCGUCAUCGCGAUAAGGAGAGAUCUCGAGACAAGGAAAAAGAAAAGGAUAAGGAUAAGGAAAAGGAAAAAGAAAAAGAUAAAGACAAAGACAAAGAUAAAGAAAAGGACAAAGACAAGGAUAAAGAAAAAGAUAAGGAGAAGGACAAGGAAAAAGAAAGCUCUCGGAGAGAACGCUCCAGGUCCCGCGAAAAGUCCAGUCGUCGCAAGUCCAAGUCACGCGAGAAAGAACGAAGCGAUCGGAGCAGCAAGAGCAGCAGCAGCAAUACAGCAGGAUCCUCCAGUCGCAGUGAGAAGAAAAAAUCACAUCGCAAGGAUAAAGAAGAGGAAGAAUAACGUGGGUACUAUAUGGUAAACGAACGAAAUGCAACUGCUUGAUUUGCCCACCAUAUAUAAUUAAAAAAAGAUCCAAGAUAAACGAAAACUUUCUAAAAUUUUUAAUAAAAAAGAGACAAAACGAAUGUGGACAACUGUUGGGAGAGAUGAAAAUGUAGAGUGAAGAUAAAUACACUUUAUGUACUGUAUAGAUAA